UUUGCUUCAGCGCGAAAACACGUUGCUAUUGCUCGACGUAACAUCGAAAGCCAGUCGAUAUAUUAUACAAACAAUCUGAAAUAAUAAUCCUAAGUGUACCAACCACGAGCUGUGAAUAGACAGUACCUUAUGCACUCAUUAAGGAACUCAAGUGACGUGAAAUGGUUCCCAAAAGUGAUAUUUGACGCGAGUUUAUUUGAUUGUUUGUGAUAUUUACUUAGUCUAAUUUCAUUGACAUUAUAAAAAAACAUGCUAGUUUACAGAACUUUGUGACAACCGAUUCCUGUUCAGUUAAACUAACGUCUUCGCUCGAAGCUAAAUAGAUUUAAAUUAGUCGAGUCGAACGCCGUUGGAAGCGACUAGCUAGCCAGUGAGUGUUCUAGUCUGUGCAAAAGCCGACAUACAUCGCCGCCCGCCCGCAUAGAAUGGUAGAAACUGACCCGGGGCCCAAGAAAACUCACAAUUGUGAUGUAAAGGGAAACCACCAACUAAACGGACCAGGUUCCAAAACUGUUGAUCUUGGAGUCGUUCCGUCUCUGAAGACACCAACCAAAACCGACCCAGAAAAAGGUCCAAAUUCUGAAAAAGCUGACUUCGAGAAGGCUAUAGAAUUAACUGGAUAUGGACGAUUCCACUACCUGCUGUUGGCGGUAUGCGGCCUCGUCAGCACCUCGGAGGAGAUGGACGUCAUCUCGAUGUCCUUCAUACUCCCGUCGGCGCAGUGCGACUUAGAUCUUACCACGCAGACUAAAGGAUGGUUGAACAGCAUAAUUUUCAUCGGUAUGAUGGCUGGUGCAUACGCGUGGGGUUCUGUGGCAGACUCGUUAGGCCGCAAGCGUGUGCUCAUAGCCAUUUCCGUGAUCAACGGCGUGGCCAUCGUCUCGUCUUCCUUCAGUCAGAACUAUGAGCUCUUCAUGCUUUUCCGCUUUAUAAACGGUGCCGCCUUGGGUGGCUCGGGUCCGGUGAUAUGGUCAUAUUUCGCGGAGUUCCAGCCCAAAAAGAGACGUGGGGCGAUGUUGAGUUUCAUGGCAGCUUUUUGGACGCUGGGCAACUUAUUUGUCGCCGGACUAGCAUGGGUCAUUAUUCCAGCUGAAAUUGGUGGUGAAACCGGCGGUUUCGUGUAUAACUCAUGGCGAAUCUUCCUCCUAGUGAUGUCACUGCCUUCAUUCCUAGUGGCUGCACUUCUUUUACUUCUACCAGAAUCGCCGAAAUUUUUACUAAUGACCGGUCGCCACGACGAUGCACUUGAAGUAUUCCGAAGCAUCUACCUCAUGAACACGGGCCGUAGCAAAGAGGAGUACCCAGUGAAACAAUUGUUGAUUGACGGGCCAGUUCACACCAAACCAGAGAAGCAAAUCGAGCCGAAAGAGCCUAAGUCGAAAUGGAGGCAAAUGUUAAGUGACAUUGUGGAGCACAGUAAACAGCUAUUCGUACCGCCGAUACUGAAGUUCACAACGAUAUCUAUCACAAUUAACUUUACAUUCCAUAUCGGGUACUACGGGCUGAUGAUGUGGUUCCCGGAGAUGUUCAACCGUUUCGACGAGUGGUCCCGGUCGCACGACAACGCGGAGGCAGAUAUUUGCCAGGUGACGGCUUACGUGACCCGCCACGGCACGCACUCGGACGCGGCGGCGUGCGACGCGCACAUACACUCCGACGUGUUCAUGGAGUCCCUCAUCACCGUCGCCGCCGCUAUACCGUCCAACAUAUUCGCCGUACUCGGCAUGGAUAGGCUCGGCAGGAAGUUUUUCUUAGUAUUCGCAACAUUCUCGGCUGGUCUGUGCUCAGCCGCGAUGUACUUUGUAUACAACAAGACUAACAACUUGAUUGUGAGCGCUAUCUUCAGUUCUGUGAUAUCGUGCGGCAACGCGUCGCUCGACUGCCUCAUUACCGAAGUCUUCCCGACCAAUUUACGUGCGACUGGAGUUGCGGUGUCGAUGGUGGCGGCUCGUUUGGGCGGUAUCAUCGGCAACGUGGUGAUAGCAGCACUUCUGGACACCUACUGCCCGGCGCCCACCUUCAUCGUAGCUGUGCUGUUGGCCGGCGGCGGUCUCAUGUGCCUCCUCCUGCCUAAUACCACCAGGCAAGCGCUGCAGUAGCACGUAUCCUUCGAAACGCACGUUAUUAUAGGUGUCCUAAACGAGUAGUAUUUGGUCAUCAUAAACCGACUCCUGAUUCCUCUGGUGUAACUAGUUCUUUUUGUACAAUAUUUUUGUAUUUAAAAUUAAUUUAUGAAACCAAUGAAAGUACGAGAUAUUUUUUUAUAGUAAGUAAACAAUUGACUGUUGUAAAAUAGGUUGUUAUAACUUAUUUUGUUCGAGAAACAGAAUGUUCACGACUCUGAAACUAAGUUUCACACAUUUUGUUCGAUUAAAUAUCAUAGGCUAAGUUCUAUCAUUCAUACAUAACUCUCGUUGUAUAUUGCAACUGUUUUCAUGUUACGAAUUUAUAAAUUAGCAAUUGUUACCGUAGUUUAGUUAGUAUUGUAGUUUAUAGUGACGAAUUAAAAAUGUGCAAGUUGAAAUGAUUGUAAAAUAAACCAUAACCUUGAACAUUAUGUGACGCCUUAAUAAAAGACGACUUAGUAUUUACCUACAUUACAGUAUAAGUUUAUAAUGUAUUUAUUAACUACAUUGCUGGAAUUGAGAAAUUACUAUGUUAAAAC